AUGGUGCCCAACUGCACUGAACUGCAUCGAAUUGCACAGCACACCGCGGCGAGCGAGGGUGGUCGCAACAUGAUGACGUCCGGCUUGGGGAAAAGACCAGCUCUGCUACGAGUGAGAAUGGAAUUUCUCCAGUGGUCCACGAUAGCGCUGGUCAUUGUGGCGUGUGUACUGAAUGCAGCCCACAUCUCGGCCACUGCUCAGGGAGAACAAGAUGAAACGGUGGAGGAAACUAAUUCCUAUAUACUGGAUAAAGAUUUACCCAAGUUCGGAGAACCGAUUCAGAAUCUUACCGUACCGGUUGGUCGAGAAGCGGUACUGACCUGUGUCAUUAACAAUCUUCAAACAUACAAGGUGGCGUGGCUGCGUGUCGAUACGCAAACAAUACUGACGAUUCAAACGCAUGUCAUUACGAAAAAUCACCGCAUGACCAUCGCACAUGUUGAGGGCCGUGCCUGGGUAUUGCGCAUUCGCGAUGUCAAAGAAUCGGACAAGGGAUGGUACAUGUGCCAGGUCAACACCGAUCCGAUGCGUAAUCAGAUCGGCUACCUGAACGUUGUAGUGCCGCCCAACAUACUGGACUAUCCCACCAGCACCGAUAUGGUCGUGCGCGAGGGAAGCAACGUUACGCUGAAAUGUGCCGCUUCCGGUUCACCAACUCCUUCCAUCAUUUGGCGACGGGAAGGCAAUGAGCCUGUCAGCGCGGGCGCGACCAGCCUGAACAGCUCCACCUUUUCCAUUUCGCGAGUUAAUCGACUGCAUAUGGGGGCAUAUUUGUGCAUCGCAUCGAAUGGUAUCCCACCGUCGGUCAGCAAACGCGUCAUGUUGAUUGUCCAUUUUCCACCGAUGAUAUGGAUCCAAGAUCAGCUUGUUGGCGCCGCUCUAGGACAGCGUUUGACUCUCGAGUGUCAAUCGGAGGCUUACCCACGCUCUAUCAAUUACUGGAUGAAGAAUGACACCAUCAUAACGCAAGGCAAACACUUUGAACCUUCGAUUAAGGAGAUCAAUAGCUACAAGGUGGUAAUGAAGCUCACCAUCAAAGACAUCAACAUUGCCGACUUUGGAACGUACAAAUGCGUCGUAAAAAAUUCACUCGGUGAAACGGACGGUUCAAUUAAAGUGUAUCACAUUCCAUCUACUACUGCAAUGGCUACCAGUCCACCCCUAACGACAACCGUUACAACCACCACUGAAACAGUGUUUCGGAAAAAUUAUAAAAACAAAAUCUAUCGCCCACCGUUGGAUGAAUUUUCGUCAUCAUCCAAUAAAAUCAUGGGCGCAGGAGACAGUUCCGAAACGUGGAACAUCGAUGGAACGGUUGAGAAAGAUCGUGAUCAUCGAUACCGAGAGAACGGGGCCAGUUACAACGAGGAUCAACGGGAAAAGGAAGCUUUCGUUGAUACGGAAGGAAAUUCGCACGCCACUCUUCAUUGGGCACCUGCUGGAAUCGGUCUACUGAUCCGUGUCUGUUACACACUGUUCAUAGUCACGAUCACUGCCAGGUGA